AGCCAGCAACCAGACGCAGCGGCAGCAGCAGCAACAACAACAGCAGCGGCACCGGCGGCUGUGGCGGUUUAUUUAUCAUCGCGGCAGCCGAGGGAAGCGAAACGAACCCGAGGAGGAGGGGGGGGGGAGGACUCAAAGAAGGAGAGGAAGGAUUUACACGUCCAACAUCCAAGCAUGGCGACCCAAAGCACGGCAUCGUGCACCGGAUCCACUCUGCUGCAGCCCAUCAGCGACAUUAUCAACCUCCCUCUCGACCAGGUUAACUUUGUGGCAUGCCAGUUGUUUGCGCUGCUCAUGGCCGUGUGGUUCCGCCUCUACCUCCACCCGAGUAAGACCAGUCCCUUCGUCAGACAUGUUGUGGCGACUCUGCUGGGCUUCUACUUGGCUCUCUUCUGCUUUGGCUGGUAUUCACUUCAUUUCCUGGUGCAGAGUGGUUUGUCCUACAGCGUGAUCGUCUUCGCCGGCCUGGAGCACAUGCACAAGUACUGCUUCAUCGUGACGCUCGGCUAUUUGAUCGUGUGCCAGAUCACGCGGGUCUAUGUGUUCGAUUACGGCAUGUACUCUGCGGAUUUUACCGGGCCCAUGAUGGUGAUAACGCAGAAGAUUACAAGCCUGGCAUUCGAAAUACAUGAUGGUUUGACCAAGCGGGAUGGACAACUGACUCCAGGUCAGAAAUACCUUGCAAUCAGGCGGAUCCCCAGCCUGCUGGAGUACCUCAGCUACAACUGCAACUUCAUGGGCAUCCUGGCGGGACCCACCUGUGCCUACAACGACUAUAUGGCUUUCAUCGAGGGCACGUGCUACCAACCACGUCACCAUGAGAACGCCAACGGAAAAGAGAACGGCAAACACAAGCAGAGUGAACCCUCGCCCAAGGACGAUGUCAUCUCCAAGUUGUGUACAUGCGCCAUCUCUCUGGGCAUCUACUUAUCACUGUGUAAGGUGAUCCCAGUGGAACGCUCCAUAGACGAAGACUUCAUAAACAACACACCCUUCCACCUACAAGUGGUCUACCUUUACCUGGCCAUGCUGGCGCUGAGACCCAAGUACUACUUUGUCUGGACACUCGCUGACGCCAUCAACAAUGCAGCAGGGUUUGGUUUCAAUGGCUACAACAAAAAUGGCUCCCCGCGGUGGGACCUCAUUUCCAACCUCAGAAUUCUGGAGAUUGAGUUUGCCACGAGUUUCAAGCUUUUCCUUGACAACUGGAACAUCCAAACAUCUCUUUGGCUCAAAAGGGUGUGUUACGAGCGUUGUCCCAUCAACCCCACUGCCGCCACCUUCCUGCUAUCAGCAAUGUGGCACGGCGUGUACCCGGGCUACUACCUGACGUUCCUCACUGGCAUCGGCAUGACCAUGGCGGCACGUGCAGUACGGCACAACGUCAGACCUUACUUCCAGGUUUCUGAUGCAUACAAGCGCAUAUAUGAUGUCAUCACGUGGGCGUGGACUCAAGUCGCCAUCAGUUACACGGUGGUGCCGUUUGUCCUACUGGCCGUGGGGUCCUCUGUCAAGUUCUACAGGUCGUGGUACUUCUGCCUACAUCUUCUAUGUCUUCUGGUGGUCCUGGUCCUGCCAGUCCGAUCACCACGUCGCGAGGCCAAAGGUCAACAGGAGAGCCCGGAGACAGACAGCGGCGCCACAAACAACUGCAGCCAGAAAGACAAAACCACAUGAGGCUGGCCAGAAACAUUAGUGACACUAACUGGAGACCACUGAGAGCUGAAGUCUGUUUACGGACCAGGAACCAAAUAUUGGAUGUGCUUGGACAGAAUCUGACAAUACUUCCAGUAGCAAGGAGGAAGCGGUGGUUGCAUUACAUUUUACUCGCGGAAAAUGGAGAUAAACUGAAUUCCAAGCUGCCUUAAACCCUCUAUGUACCCUGACAGGUGAAACAACAACACAUUUGGACCACACUUGUACAAAGAGUACACGCGCAGUCUGUAUGUGGAGGGUUUUUGUCAUUGUCUGGAUAAAAGCCUCUGUUGGGUGGAAACAUAACGUUUAUCAUCAGCUGCCAACUUUCAAACAGGCCUUAGGAUCCUCAAAAUAUUGAUUUCACUCAACGGGGAGUUGACAUUAAUAAUGUGUUUUGUAUUUCGUUGUCCGUCAUGACACUCUUCCCGGCGCUUUCUUCCCUGAAGAGGAAACCGGAUCUCAUCUGUCUGCAGCGCGGUGGAAAAGUCUUGCCCAUAGUGUGUAAUGUUUUUUUUUUUCCUGCUUUUUGACAAACAUGACUUAUCAUCUUUAUGCUUCAAAAGGGAGAUCAUUAACUCUGUUAUGAUGUGGGAUAAUUCUUUUCAAGGUGUUCCUCCUUGAGCUCCAAGGGUGAAUUAUUUUCAUUUUGUUGAACAUGCUCCAGUUUUUCUACACCGCAGCCUUGCCACACAUCGCCAAGCCCUCUAAAUGACAAAAAUGUUACUACGUACCGCAUUUCGGCAAAAUGGUGACCUCUACCUUUAGCGGAUGCAAACUACGGUACUUGCCGGGUGUGUCGCUCAGUUCAAUAAACGACUCUCAAAUCGAGAUCCCACCCCCAAAAAACAAGCAGCUAGUCGUUGCGUUUGAACAUUACAGUUAACAUCUGAACCCACUGGGACUAUGUUGCUAACCAAAACAGCAAUAUGUGUGCACAUCUUUUGUGCCAACCAGUUUACUCUGCAAAAUUAAAGACAUGUUUCAGUAUGAUUAAUAUUCCAUAUGAUCACUCCAAAAUGUUGUGUGUGACCACAUUUAAGUUCGAACGAUCUACACAAUGUACUCGUUAUACUUCAGUUUAAUUUACAAAUCAAAAUCACCCCUGCUACAUUGACAAUGGUCGCAAAUGAUUAAAUAAAUUAAUAAACACCUUUGGCUACUAUGCGGAAAUGCGGCAGUUAUUUGAAGACCCUUUACAUGUUGUACAAUGACAGUAACAUUCUGGUAAUUAUUAUUAUACACAGACACUACGGCGUUAACUACUGAUCCCGUUUGGCUAACCAAACAAACCGAACCAUAACAGCAGCACUGACGCAACCAAACAGUCUCUGCAAUAAAAAAACAAGUGUGUGCAUUUGUAUUGCAACGAAUCUACUGCUUAGUAUUAAAGUCAAGAUCAUAUACAGUUGGCGUAUUUAGCGUUGAUUGCAGUUCCGGUAUAUUUUUGACGUUAUCACUCCACGAUAUUGUGCACGGCCAUGUUUUUGAUUCAGGGAGCUUUACUGCUUAUCAGUUCUAUGUAGUGCUUGAUCUGCCUUUGCGAUUCUCCAUACUAGUGAUUUCUAUUUUAUUUUAAACUCCAGUUCCAAUGGCUAUAAAUUGUUAUACAUAGGUAAUUACAUACAGAUCAAAAUGCCCCCCCCCCCCACACACACACACUUUAAUGACACCUCCCCUUGUCUUCAAUUGAGUAAAUAAAUAUCCCUGGCCACGACCUUUGGAAACGAAUAUGACCAUCUUCCAUCGUGUACAGUACCAGUACUCUAAUCACACCUUGUUACAUGAACUUAAACGAUCCUUAUUUAAUAGAGUAGCCGUAAUUAUCCCAGUGAGCGGGAAAUACAAUACAGUGUUCCAAAUUGGUGCACAAGUGCAUGAAAAGCACAUAAUGUACUGAGGCUACAAGAGUGAGUGCAAUUUGCCUUCAUUGUGUCAUUGUGUCGUCACUUGACUUGAUGAUGUUGUACAAAGGCCGGGUCUUGUAUUAAGUUAUUUUUUAAAUGUAGAGUAGCUGAUGUUUCACGGUGCAUUUACUGUAUGGUGUGAGAGACACUGGGUUCUCGGGUUUUGAGUUCACGUCAAGCCUUCCUGUUUCCAGUAACGCACACGACGACCCCUGUGUUGCUGUCCCGACGCUACCGUUGCUAAAACGAUUCUACAUAUCUCGCAAAUAAGGAAAGUCGUGUUCACUUUGUGACUUUUUUGUUUUGUUUUUUGUUUUGUUGCAUUUGUGAAAAUAACAACAGAGCAGCCAAGUUGACUUUGAAGUUUUUGAUUGGUUUUUGAGCUGGUUUAAACAUUUUUGCAUAUUCCUGCCAUAACUCUCUGUGUACUGUACGAGUGUGUGCGUGUGCGUGUGUGUAUACUCGUGUUCAUGUAGUUUGUUGUUGUGUAUAUUUGUCACGCGAGCCCUCUAAAGGUGAAAAGCACCUGUAAGAUGAAGAAAGGGAUGUCAGUCAUUCUGCAAAAGAAACAUUUAGAAGACAAUUGCACUGCAUGGCCACCAAAACCAGCAGAUCAAUGCAAACUGCUUCAUAUGUCCAAAGUGCCAAAGCAUUCAAUGGCGCAUUUGUUUUCUUUAUUUUGUGUGUGCGUGUACGUGCGCCUGCCUGUGUCUGUGUGUGCGCGCUUGUGUCACAACUUUUUUUUUCUUUUUGUCAGAAGGAAAUUUAUUGAAAGAUUUGUAUGACAGUUCAUUACAACUCUGAUUUAUGAGGCAAAAUAAAGAAGUUAUUUUUAAAUGCC